CACGGUGCAUCUGUGUUUAUGGAUCAACAGAGCGCGCGCGCGGGCGGUUAAAAGAAUAAAUCCGUGUUUGUUUCAGUCACUGCAAACUUCCUGCUCGCGCGCUGUGUGUGCGUGUGACCCGGGUCUGUCGGCACGCGGCUCCAAACAGCAGAAUUCAAGUGCGCGAGGACCCACUUUGCAGCUGUCUCUCUCUCUGGUGCGCACGCGGCACGAACGGAGCGAAGAUUUAGCGGAUUUUAGUCUAAUAACCGCAGUUUAACCUCCACAGCUGCGUCAUUUUUGAUUAGCUUUUACUAGUCAGUCUUUGAGGAGGAGGAUUCAGCGGCUUUUUGCAACUUUAAUAGGUUAUUUCAUUUAAAAAACUGCAUGUUUUUAUAUUUUAUGCACCGCUUGGGUUUACAUCGGUACCGACUCCCCGCCGAAGCCUGAGACAUUUGGAGCGAACUGGGCCGUGCUUCUGUUAUUGUCCCGGGUUAAACACGCAGGAUGCUGGCUCUAUUUCUUCUGUCCUGCUUUUGUUUGUGGACCCGGGGCCAGCGCUUGGACCACGACAGCUGGGCGGACCAGGCCGCGUUGUCCCGAGGCCUCUGCCGCCAUGGCAACAGCGUGGAGUGUUGCUGGGGCUGGAAACAGUUGGACUGGGGGCGAUGUGAACCUCACUGUCAGCAGGGCUGUAAACAUGGAGAGUGUGUUGGACCAGACCAAUGCAAAUGCCACCCAGGAUACACGGGCAAGGCCUGUAACCAAGAUCUGAACGAGUGUGGGGUGAAGCCUCGGCCCUGCAAACACCGCUGCAUGAACACGCUGGGCAGCUACAAGUGUUACUGUCUGGACGGGUACGCGCUGCAGCCAGACGGCAGCUGCAGGAAUGCCCAAACCUGUUACCAUGCCAACUGUCAGUAUGGCUGUGAGGUCAUCAAAGGGGCAGUGCGAUGCACCUGCCCAUCACCAGGGUUACGCCUGGGGCCAGACAGGCGCACCUGUGUCGACAUCGACGAGUGUGUCUUGGGUGGAGGCGUGUGUCCUCGUCGCAGGAAGUGUGUGAACACGUUCGGGAGCUUCAUCUGUAAAUGUCACCUGGGCUUCAGACUCAUGUACAUCAACGGACAGUACACCUGCAUCGAUAAGGACACUCGGCCAUUCUGCUCUCUGAAUCCAUCGUCUCCAAAGUGCAGGUGUAAAGACGGCAGCUGCAAAGCCAUCCCCAAAGUGAUUUUGGAACCGCACAGACCAAGAACUACAACUCCCACGACCUCCACCACUACUGCUGCUACCACUACAUCUCAUCCAACCACCACAAUCACAACAACCACGACCCAGCCCACAACUACCAUCAUCACAACAACCUUCCUGUCUACAUCCACUGAUUUUAUGACCACCACUCCAUCACCUAUAACUGAUGUCAUUACUGCACCAGUUACUCCAGCUGCUACCACUACUAUGCCAACUACAACACCUGCUACUAUUACUACUACUACUCUUCCUACUACAACUGAAAUGGAUACUGCAACUCCAACAACGCCUCCUCCUCCUCCUCCCACCACUCCUGCUACUACUAUUCCAAGUACAACAACACCUGUUACAAGUACAACUGCACCUACCACUCUGCCUACUACAACUGAACUGGACACUACAACCCAGACAACACCACCGCCUCCUCCCACUACGACAGCAGUAGCAGCUACUACUGCAGUUACUACGAUGCUGCCGAGCACCUCCCUGCAAACCACCACAGUGAACAACAGGAUCAACAAGGAUGUGACGCAAAAGCAGAGAGGAGACGUGCACAUCCCUCGACAUCCCAGUCACAACCACGUGUGGGAGUUUGACAUCGAGCUGGGAAACAUCGCGGAGGACGAUGCUGAGGUCGGUGAGCUCCACUGCUCCUUCGAUCACGGACUCUGUGACUGGAUGUCUGACAGGGAGGGAGAUCUACACUGGGAGACGGUUCACAACCCUGCAGGUGGGCGGUACCUGUCUGUCCCCGAGCUGAAGGCGGGACAAAGAAGCGUCCGUGGUGCUCGGCUGGCCAUCGGGGUAGUCCCUUCCUGGAGUCACGGUGACCUGUGUCUCUCCUUCUCCCAUUGGCUGACGGGGCAUCAUGUGGGUGUACUCCAGCUGUUUGUAAGAAAAAGGGGACGAGAUCAAAGGUAUGGCCCCGCCCUGUGGAGUAGGACAGGUGGGCAUGGUUGGAGACACACGGAGGUUACCUUAAUGACACACUCUCUGGACAGGGUGCUGCUGAAGGCUGAGCGGAGGACUGGACGACGAGGACAGAUCGCUAUUGAUGAUGUCACUCUGAGACAGGGGGCGUGUCGAUGACACCAUGAAAAGACAUUCGGGUCACAUGACUGAAAGGACCAAUGCUGCUGUUUGGGAUUUCCUCCUUUUCUCAAACGUCGUGUCCGUGGGGGGAGGAAGAUGGGGAGGAAGCCACAGCAGCGGGAGUUUAAAUUUAAACUCCAGACGUGUUUGUGUGUUUGUGCUGCGUGACACACAAACUUCCUGUUCACCAGUCAGACUGAAGACCGUCUGCACAUCUGGAAACACUUGGAAUUCAGUCUGAAAGUUUUCAGAGUGCAAAGCAUAAAUAAUUGGUAUCACUUACAAUCAUAUAUCCCAUAAGAGUGAUAUAUAAUUAUUAAAGCAUCACAAGUUUAUUAUCUUUCAGAUUGUUGCAACUCUAAAAAGAAAUAAUUAUUUUAAUUGGUCACUCCAGCCACCUCAAUUGAUUAUAUCACAAGGAGUUAUUAUUAUUAUAUAAAGACAGGCACAGGGGUGGGUCAUUAAAAAGUCUAAAAAAGAAGGUGUUGAAUUUUUGCUGUUACAUUUACAGACGUGCGGUCAAGUCUGCACAUUCAGUCUGUUACUUCUUUAGUGGCGUCUGCUCACAGAGGUUGUCUAUUUGUUGUCAUACACGAUAAUUUUAAGAUGUUACGUUGGGUCGACACAUUAACUCAGAAUAGUUCAGAUAUAUUCUCAGUAAUAUCUCAGAGGGCGCAUGACUUAGAGAUGCUGAUGCUUGUAUAUUGUUUGUUCCCAAAAUGGAAGAGUGAGAAAAGCAGAGACAGCAGGAAGUCUGGAUCUCACGUCCAGCAUGAAGAGUAAUUAAUGUAGGCUGUGCUUCUUUAUAAAAGUG